AUUCCGGACGUGAUGGAUCAGACCCUGGCAUUCGACAGGCUGGAAGAGGAGAUUGAAGAGGCCGUGGUGGAAGAGGAGGCUAAGGAGACGAUUCUUCUUGCUUUCCAAAAUGCGCAACAAGAAUCAUUGCCCACACUAGAUUUCAGCGAUCUACCGCAACCGCCACAGCAAGACAACUUAGCGCUAGAAGAGAGCGGAGAGGACAGCUCCGUGGCAGGCGUCGUUGAAGGGACGAGCGGGCAAGGCGCCAGCGGUGAAGAGUCGGCUACUGCUCUAGGCCUAGAGCCUCUCGCCGCGUUGGAAGCGUCGGGCAAUCAAGUCGCACAGGCGCCUUCGGCAGCAGCAGAUGUAGUCAAGGGGAAUGAGAGCCCUAUCUCGCAGGAUGACGCAAAGUGUGCGGCAGCCGAUGUGCCAGUCUUGACAACGGCAGACGAGACGCUGGCUUUCGAUGUAGCCGAACGCCUAUUGGCAGAAGCGGCGCCCUCUGUAGACGACUCCACCAGAGAGCUCGUUGGAGUUGGGCUUUCAGAAGACGCGGAACAGCAGGAAGAGGCACAUGACGGAGUCGAAGCAGCUUUGGGCGCAGAGAACAAUCGCGAGGAGCCUGAACUGCCAACGGCUGACCAAGAGCAACUUCGAGGCGAAGUCCCGGAAACACAAAGAUCGUCAAGCCCAACCGCCAUGUUGGCCGUAGCUGCCUCUCCAGCUCCGGCUACGCCAACACUCAAUGCCCACGACACGUCGUCUGCGUCGUUUAUGAUGGACUCACCGGGCGUGGGUUUGAGUUUCCGAAGACGGUAUGAUGAGAAUGUGCUCGCAUCAGCCGCGAAGCGUGCUCAGCAGAGCUUUGCACUGGGUGCCCACUACGGACAAAGCCCAGCCAACGACUCUCUUAAGUCCCUGAGGGCAUCGCCUAUGCCGCUUUCACUGUCGGGCACCCCACUCGGAGAGCGGAACUCUAACAUCUCUCACACCCGUAGAGAUAUUGAGCUUAGCCCUUUCGUCAAGGAAGGUGGGAAUGUAGAGCUCAACCUUCCACAAUUCUCUGCAGGGCUUGAAUCGCCAUCUCGGGCAACGGAGGAGGUUGAUCACCAAAUCUCUCCUCACAUGCGGCGCAUGAUGGACAUUCGUGACGCAAUGCUUAUUGCUUCGCCGACCAAGUCGCCCCGCAAACCUCCCAUGCGAGUCACAGUACCGAGUCCACAGAAGGCUGAGCCGACCUCGAGCACCAUUGCUCCCCUGGGCUCGCCAGUGCGUAAGCCCGACGAUUCUCUUGAAACGUCGGAGCCUAGCAAGCUUGAGCACAAGGCUGCAGAAACCAGCGUACAGAGUGCUUCGACCUCUGAUGUAGCCCAAGGGUUCAAGAAACCGGGCUUGUCUAAAGCGGAGAAGGACGCGAGCCAACCUCCUUCCGUGUCCGCCAAGACGACUUCGUCAGCCACUUCAGCCUCCCGACUACCAAAGCUGGCUAGUGGCAACAGUCGCAUUGCCAAGCCCACCUCUGUAGGCAGCAUCAGAGCUCCGACGUCCAUUCCGACUGCUCGAGCACAAUCGGCUCAGUCUUCAGGCGCUACGUCUAGCCAGCUCGCUCGCCCGAGCGUGCCGAGCCAUGCAUCUGCUCAAAUGAGUUCAAGCAAUCCGUUCCAGAAGAAGGCUGCUGCCAAAUCUGCUGCUCCCGCGAAUCCCUUGUCCCGGCCUCCAUCAGCUGCAGAUUCGAUCGGCUCGUCCAACGGUUCUUUGAAUGGACCCAGCAAAGAGAGGACCCUCAAAGACCCCCGCGUGGCUCCGAUCAGUGCGGCUCCUACAGCUUCGGCAGCUUCGAGCAGUGGUCCGUCUCCGGUCAAGCGCACGCAGCCUAUCAGUGCGCUGAGGAAAAUGCAAGGGACGAGUCAACUGUCGUCCUUCACCCACAAGACUGCUGACUGGCUGAAGGGAAGCACGGCCGACGCUAGUGCACAGUGGUCAAUUGGAAAGAGCACGUUGCCUUCCCCGGCUCUGGCUCGGGGUACGGUCGCCUCGACUGUGGUACCGGAACCGGAAGGCGAAGCCGGUCCUGCGGCCCCUCCUUCGCCGGUCAAGGCGAGUGUUAUGACAGCCGGCAGUGGCAGGGCCAGGCGAGUGCUUGCUGGAUCCAAAGAGGCUACACAUGCACCUCUUGAAGCCAAGGCUGCCCCAAUUGUCAGGCCGAGGGUGCUCAUGAGCAGUACUUCGUCUGCAAGGACGGACUCGGACCUCGAAGGAGGUGCUCGCUCCGACGCCGCUCUGAGCUCAUCCCCUGAUAAGACGGCGCGAGUGCUUGGCGAUAGCAUACCUCCCGUCACGGAGCGACCGAUGAUGGCGACAUAUCGUAAGCCUUCGUCGUCAAGUCAUGGCGCCAAGAGCUUGCGCGUUGCAUCGGGUAGCAGCAGAAAAGCUAGCAGGACAGGCGAAGCUGCACCCUCUUCGUCUUCAGCAGCUCCCCUCCCACCAUCUGAAAUCCUCUCCGAUACUGUGCCCUCUCCUGCCCUCGAUACCUCGAGCGCAAAAGAGGAUGCAGCUGUUGUGGUCAAGGAGAAGGACAUCGGGCAUCGUAGCAUCUCCAAUCCGCUUGUAGCGGCUCCGGUCCGCACGACCGCUACCAACCGCAGUGCGAGCAAUCCGCCUGCUGUGGGGACCGCUCCACCUGCCUGCGCUUCUCGAGCCAAGGUCAAUGACGUGGUACCCUCUGUACCCAUCUCCUCUGCGGCCCUGGCGACUCUCACGACGCGCAAUUCUCGCCGCAACGAAAUCCACCUCGCCAAGCUAUCGGUCGUGACCAUUCGCAUUGAAGGUGCUCGUCCACCUUCCCCCUCGAGUAAGAUCAGGAAGAGUAGUCUUGCCGAAGGAGCUCCACCUAUGGAGAAGGGCCGAGCGGACGAGGCUCGUGCUGUUCGGGCUCGGAAGCGUGCGAGAGAGUCACAGGAGUCGAGGAUGAGUGAGAGUUCAGAGGCAGAGCGACGUGAUGCAGAGAGGGGAGGAGUGGGCGUUUGGAGGGAUCCUGACUUCCGAGGUUGGGAGACUGAGAUGGCUCAUCAUCGUCUCGGUGCUGGUGAAGAAGAGACGUACAGCACGCCGUUGCGCGUCAAGAAGCGUAUGGUCGGUAAAGGAGUGCGCUGGAGGAAGAACCUCUUUGCUGGUCCUGCUUCCAGCGCAGCAUCUUCGGCCUCCGCCUCUGCACCUUGGAAGAGCAACCUGGUCGCAAAGGACUAUCAGCUGGACAGACACGGCAAUGCAAGAAGCGGUGAUGCACCUCCUUCCCCAUCUUGGAAGCGUGUAAAGGUGACGGUGCGGAAGAUUGUCUACGAUGAUGAUGAAGAGGAGGAGGAUUGUGGAGGCGAGACUUCCUCUGCGGUUGUGGAUCGCUGGGGCGGUACAGAGAGAGAGGGGGCGGCCUCUGAUGGCGAGUAUGGCAGUCAAUUGUGAGCGGCACUUUGUUUCUGGAUCUAUGAUACCAUGUUUCUUCUUCUGCAUUUGCAAUAGCACCAUCCGAUUGAAAGAACUCUCCAAAGUCGUGGCUGCACUCCCCAGACUACAUGAGCUUGGCUGAAGGCUGAACGUCGGUCAAGACGGAAUGUCGCCGGCUUUGAAUUGACAUGGAGCUAGGCUAUUCUCUAUAUUUGUCCCCGAAGGAUCGACAAUGAGCCGCUCAAUGUAUCCUGCGGCGAAGUUCCUUCGUUUGAAAGACCAAUGUCACCGCAAGCCUUACCAGUUCUGCGCGUGAAGCUUAUUGUAGGCACCUCUGAAAGCGGUUGGAAGUAGGGUGGCUGCGACCUCGGUCAUGUGAUCGUGGUAUUGCGAUCUCUGUCCGUCGAUGUAUCGUGGAGCCAUCUUGUGAUGCUGCUGCUGCGACACCUUUCUCGAUCUCUCGCCCGAGUGACGCUGGGAAUCGCUUGAUUGUGC